AUGGAUCGUGUUAAGAUUGCCUUUUUGGCUGCCAUUUUACUUUUUUCCGUAAUUUCCCAGCAAACAAUCGGCAAACGUCGGAAAUCAUCGUGGAUAAGUGAUGGACCCGAAACGGAAUGCAACGAAACUGAUUUUAACUACUGCAUGGAUUACGAAGGGAAUAUAACUGGCUGGAUAAAAUGGUUCAAGAAUCAGAAGUUGUCUGGUUCAACUCUGCUACUGGGACUGCACGUUUUCCCUCUUCUCACACAAGUUAAUUGUUCCCAGUAUACCCAGCGUUUCCUGUGCUCGAAGUAUUUCCCACUGUGUUCGCACGAUAAGCAUCGAAAGAAGAUCGGGCCGUGCAAAACGCUGUGUGAUGACGUCAGAGGUAAAUGUGAAUCUAAGGUAAACAAAGCAGGUUUCAAAUGGCCCAAGAUUCUACGAUGUGACGAUCUUCCACUUUAUGAAACACACGAAAUAUGCAUUGGAAAAUACCCCCAGGAAAAAGUUCACGGCGUAAAAGAUCCUGCGGAACAAAACACGGAGAGGAGUAAUGACGUCAACACCGGUAAACCAAGAAAAAGAUCCAGAGGGUUGUUUCGUCUUCAGCAACGUUUGAAAUCAGCUCUUGGCGAGAUUUUGGCGAGCUUGUCAAAACUGCACGAUGAUUUGUGA